GCGUGCAAAACCUGGGCGGGGAGAAGUGGAGUUUGGACCAAUGAGGAUAGACACGCCAGGAAAGCCGGGAGAUUGUCUGUUUUGCUUGCAUGCUAGUGCCGGGAACAGAAGAUCAACUACAAAUUUAGCUGUUAUUUUGGGUACAAAACAAUAUCGGAACAGGAAAGCAAAUACUUGAAUCUUCGCCAUGGACGCGGAGGGCUUUGAAGAGCUCUUGCAACAGGCGGAGCAGCUUGCUGCUGAGACGGAGGCUGUGUCAGAGUUGCCCCAUGUUGAGAGAAAUCUGCAGGAGAUCCAGCAAGCGGGAGAAAGACUGCGAGCCCGUACCCUCACAAGAACGUCUCAGGACACUGCCGAUGUCAAAGCGUCCAUCCUGCUGGGCUCCAGGGGUCUAGACAUCUUCCACAUCUCCCAGCGUCUGGAGAGCCUGAGCGCAGCCACCACCUUCGAGCCGCUCGAACCCGUCAAGGACACAGACAUACAGGGCUUCCUGAAGAACGAGAGGGACAAUGCCCUGCUCUCCGCCAUUGAAGAGUCCAGACGCAGGACGUUCCUGCUUGCGGAGGAGUACCAUAGGGAGUCUAUGCUGGUGCAAUGGGAGCAGGUGAAGCAGAGAGUGCUGCACACACUACUGGGGGCCGAGGAGGAUGCACUGGACUUCAGCCAGGACGUGGAGCCCAGUUUUGUGAGUGAUGUGGGGGCUCCGGGCCGCAGUGCUUUGGAUAGCGUGGAGGUGGCCUAUGCCAGACAGAUCUACAUCUUCAAUGAGAAGAUCAUCAGUGCCCAUGUGCAGCCCAACCUGGGGGACCUCUGCUCCUCAGUGGCCGACAGCAUGGACGACAAGAAUGUGUCGGACAUGUGGGCGAUGGUGAAACAGAUGACAGACGUUCUCCUGGUGCCGGCUAAAGACACACUGAAGAGUCGCACCGCUACAGACAUGCAGAUGGCAUUUGUACAGCAGGCACUACGCUUCCUGGAGAACAGCUAUAAGAACUACACCAUGGUGACGGUGUUUGGGAACCUGCACCAGGCUCAGCUGGGUGGUGUGCCCGGCACCUUCCAGCUCGUACGAGGCUUCCUCAACAUCAAGCUCCCCGGACCCAUGCCAGGCAUGCAGGACGGGGAGGUGGAGGGCCACCCUGUGUGGGCUCUGAUCUACUACUGCCUGCGGUGCGGGGACUUGAACGCGGCCAUGCAGGUGGUCAACAGGGCUCAGCACCAGCUGGGGGACUUCAAGGCCUGGUUUCAGGAGUACAUGAACAGCCCAGACCGCCGCCUUGCUCCGGCUACUGAGAAUAAGUUGCGCCUGCAUUACCGCCGCGUGCUGCGUAACAGUGCCGACCCGUAUAAGCGUGCGGUCUACUGCCUGAUCGGCAAGUGUGAUAUCGCGGACAACCACGGAGAGGUGGCCGACAAGACGGAGGACUACCUGUGGCUCAAGUUGAACCAGGUGUGUUUCGAUGAUGAUGGCAGUAGCUCCCCCCAGGACCGCUUGACUCUCGCCCAACUACAGAAGCAGCUACUAGAGGACUAUGGUGAGUCGCACUUCUCUGCGAGCCAGCAGCCAUUCCUCUACUUCCAGGUGUUGUUCCUGACGGCCCAGUUUGAGGCGGCGGUGGCCUUCCUGUUCCGCGUGGAGCGCCUCAGGAGUCACGCCGUGCACGUGGCCCUCGUCCUCUACGAACUCAAACUGCUGCUCAAGUCAUCCGGGCAGAGCGCACAGCUACUGAGCCAGGAGAGUGGGGACCCUGCGAUGGUGCGGCGUCUGAACUUCAUCCGGCUCCUCAUGCUCUACACGCGCAAAUUCGAGUCCACCGACCCCAGAGAGGCCCUGCAGUACUUCUACUUCUUAAGGAAUGAGAAGGACAGCCAAGGAGAGAACAUGUUCAUGCGCUGUGUCAGCGAACUGGUCAUCGAGAGUCGAGAGUUCGAUAUGCUUCUGGGAAGACUUGAAAAGGACGGAAGCCGAAAGCCGGGCGUGAUUGACAAGUUUGCCGGCGACACGAGGGCUAUCAUCACCAAGGUGGCAUCGGAGGCUGAGAACAAGGGCCUGUUCGAGGAGGCAGUCAAGCUGUAUGAGCUGGCCAAGAAUCCAGACAAGGUUCUGGAGCUGAUGAACCGUCUGCUGAGUCCCGUAGUGGCCCAGAUCAGCGCCCCGCAGUCCAACAAGGAACGUCUAAAGAACAUGGCCGUCGCCAUUGCAGAACGGUAUCGGACCAGCGGUACAGCGGGAGAGAAGUCUGUGGACAGCACGUUCUACCUGCUGUUGGACCUCACCACCUUCUUUGAUGAGUACCACGCCAGCCAUAUCGACCAGGCAUACGACAUCAUUGAGAGGCUGAAGCUGGUCCCCCUGAGUCAGGACAGCGUUGAGGAGAGAGUGGCGGCAUUCCGGAACUUCAGUGAUGAGGUGCGGCACAACCUGUCGGAGGUGCUACUGGCUACCAUGAACAUCCUGUACACGCAGUACAAGCGGCUGAAGGGGGCGACGGCGGGCACCCCUGGCAGGACACAGCGCCCCCUGGAGGACAGAGACUCGCAGCUGCGCAGUCAGGCCAGAGCCCUGAUCACCUUUGCCGGCAUGAUCCCCUAUCGCAUGGCAGGAGACACCAACGCACGACUCGUACAGAUGGAGGUCCUCAUGAACUGAGCCACACCCAUUCCACCACACACACACACACACACACACACACACGCACACGCACACGCAUGCACGCACUCGAAUAUACACCCACAGAUACCAUGUACCUACACACACAUACACACACCCAGACUGCGGCAAUUGAGCCUUUCUAAGAAAACAGCAGUUUUCCACCGCCAUCAUCAGCCCUCCACGCAUCCACUAUGUCAACCAUGGCUACACCCUACCCUGCCCUGCCCUGCCCUACCCUUUGUUUGAUUGAGGUUUUUUCCCAUAAUGCCAUCUGUUUAAUUUCCUUCAUUGUUUUGUUGUCCUUAUUAUUUGUAUUUUUUCAUAUUUGAAUAAAUAAAUUUUCAAUUUUCA